AUGGCUGAUAAAUAUGGCCCCAUCUUCACCAUCAACCUUGGUGUUCAUAAUGUUUUGGUGGUGAGUAACGCUGAGAUGGAGAAAGAGUGCUUUACCACAAAUGAUAAGGUCUUUCCAAGUCGACCCAAGUCAAUAGCAGUAGAACACAUGGGCUAUAACUAUGCCAUCUUGGCUCUCGCUCCUUAUGGUGACUACUGGCGACAAGUGCGCAAGAUCAUGACUCUCGAGGUUCUCUCUCAGCGACGUCUGGAGAUGCUUGGACCUCUUUGUGCUUCAGAGGUUAAAGCGUUUAUCGGCCAAUCAUUCUAUUUAAUUUGUCUAUUAAAAUAA